AUGCACACACGGCGCCCGUCGCCGGCCGCUCCUGCGGAUUGCUGUGGAUGCGCAGAUUCCCGCUCGCACCGCUCCCGCCAGCCCUGCCGCUCGCACAACAAGAGCCGGCCGUGCUGCCCUGGCGGCCCUGGCCCCUGCACCUGCCAGCAGCUCCUUGGCAGCCGUGCCCCGUGCCAGCUGUACCAGCGCUGACGCUGUCCUCAGGCCCCGGGAAUGCACCCGGCAGCUUCCAAAAGUCCCCAGUGCCCUUGCCUUGCCUUCUGAGCUCUGGGGACGCAGCUGAGGAGCUUCUGCUUGGUGACUAUAGGACACAUGUCGACAACCACGACGAUAAUAGAUGGUAAGAACGGCUCCGUUCCUUCGUCAUCCAUGAGAGUGGGCAAGAAGUCAGUGACAGAAGACUUUGUGAACACCUUCAGCUCUCCAGCAGCAUGGCUUCUUGUUGUUGCUCUGAUUGUCACCUGGUCAGCAGUGGCUAUUGUAAUGUUUGACUUGGUGGAUUACAAAGACUUAGCAGGUAAAAGUAUAGCACAACAUUGCGAUGAUCCCUGUUUCCCACCUGGAAGAUCUGUUCACAAGCUCAGCACAGAACCACUGAGAAUCAUUCAUGAGACACUGGAAGAGUCUUCUGAUUGGAUUUAUGGCUUUUUUUCUUUACUGUCUGACAUCGUAUGGAGUGAUGAUGAUGACAGUGAUGAAGGUGAAGUGGAACCUUCCCUGAAAAAAGAAAUUCAAAAACAGAAAACUGAGAGACCUGAAAAACGAACACCAGCAAAGGCAACACAGAGAGACAAACCUGAAAAACAAGAAAAAACUGAGAGGAAGGAGCCCCCAAAGGUGACAAGUAAAGACAAACUGGAAAGACAAGAAAAACCUGAAAAAAAGGAAAGGCAUGCAGCUGUUCACAAAGAGAAACCUGAAAAGCCAGAAAAACAAGAAAAGAAAGCACCGCCUAAAGUAACUCAAAAAGAUGCACCUGAAAGACAUGAAAAAACUGAAAAGAAAACUCCUCCCAAAGAGGAGAAGAAAGUAAAGAGCACUAAAGUGGAAGCAAAAGUCAAAAAGGAAGUGAAGGAUGGAAAAGGAGAAGCAAAGAUGGCAGAGAAGGUCAAGCAGGCAGAGACAAAAACAACAGAAACUGGGCUAAUAAAGGCCAAAACGAAAGUUAAGGAGGAGAAAGCUCUUCAGACUGUAACUAAAUCGGACAAGAAAGAUCAAUAUGCAUUCUGUCGCUAUGUGAUUGACAUGUUUGCACAAGGGGAUUUUUAUCCAGGACAUAAGGAAUUUGCACCACCUCGUCUUCUUCUAGAACACAGUCCAAGAAAGAAACCAGCAGCUAUUGAAGAGAGAAAAGAGGAGAAGAAAAAGAGUGAUGAAAAGAAGACUAUGACUGAAACUAAGGUGAAAGAAAAAACAGGAAAAAAGGAGAAAGCUCAUGAGAAGACAUCUGUCCCUGAAAUUAAAAAAGCAGGGACUCACUGCCAUGAAAGGCACUGUAUAAGCUUAGAGGGAUUUUUUCUUACAGAUAAAAAAGAAGCUGCUGCAUCCAAAGAACUCAAAAAGCCAGCAAAAGCUCCUGCAGCCAACCCAGCCAUCAAAAAAGCAGCAGCACCAGAACCACAUAAAAAAGAAAAAAUAAUGGAAUCUGCAACUGUAGAAACUCCAAAGUCAAAAGCAGGACUUGAGAAAAAAGAAGGAAAAGCAACUAAGGCAGCAGUGCAAGAUAAACCAAAGAUGAAACAAGGAAAUCCUGGAAAAGACAAAGAAUUGAAAUCUCCAGCUGCCAUGAAAAAUAAAGAACAUGCUAAAGUAAAGGAAGGGAAGAAUCCUACAUCUUUAAAAGAAAAAGAUCCCCUGAAGGUAAAAAAUCUCAAGAAUCCAGAGAGCAUAAGAGAAAAAGAGACUGGAAAAAGAAAAGAUGUGAAGCCUCCAACAGCCUUUAAGGAAAAAGACUCUUCAAAACGAAAAGAAAUUAAGGCUUCAAAUAAUCCUAAGGAAAAAGCUGCAGUGAAAAAGGAGGGGGAGAAGAAAGCUACCUCAGAGAACACGCAUGAACACAAGCAUGAACGUGCUAAACGUGAAAAAGCUGUCUCUCAGAGCAAGCCAGAGGAGAAAAUGAAACAACAAAAGACAACUCCCACUGAGAAGUCAGCCCAGGCAAAGCCAGCAAAGUAUGAAGCAAUCAGACAUGAAAAAGAUGUUCCCCUUACAAAACCAGUCAAACCGAAAAACACUGCAAAGCCAACAGCUGAAAUCCCAACAUCAGCCACAAAAAAACCAAAGACAAUUAAGGAAAAAGAAGAAAAAACAACUACGAAGAAACAGCUGAAAGAUGAAAAACCUAAAGUAAAAGAAGAUCCACGACAUCAAAACCUGACAUCAGCUCCUGUCCGCUACUUUCAAUGUGUCUUCCUAAAUGGACCUAAUGGAUUUGGGCUGCAAUUUCCAAUUAAUUCCCCUUCAAACAAGGAAGAAAAGACUCACUCAAAGACUUCCAAGAGAAAGACAAGGAAACCGGGGCAGUAGAGAGACUGAGUCCUGUGAUCACUGACAUUUUGCACUUUAUCUUUUCUGCUGAGGUCCACAGUAGCUACAGUGGUACUUGUCAUUGCAGGAACGCGAUCCACUUGCACGCAUGUACCUGGAACUGUUUCCAUGGGGCAGCGGCAGAACAAGCAGUAAUGAACGGUGUUUAACAAAGAUAGAAAUGUAAAAGUGCCCAGUUUCUCAUGGAAAGGCUGCAAUGCUAACAAGGCAUUGAUGUGACUGUGUGUGUGAGCAUGUGCGUGUGUUUUCAUGCCUCUUUCGCUCUUGUUUUUCUUUACCUACAUGCUCAGCAUUGAAGUGAGUCUGUUUUCCAUUUAAUCUUAUCUAAGGAGUGAAAGGUUGAAUGUAGCUCUUAUAUCAGCAAGAUUGCAAGACUAGCUGCAAUCCUAAACCAUUUCUUCUUAAUGUUCAAUCAAAUUGCUGACAGGAAAAUGCCUCACUAAGUCAUGAAAAUGUGCUCUGUGACUGGUGCUAUUUUUAUGUCUCAUUGACCAGUGUAGCCUGAAGCUCACUCUUAUUCAGAGCAGCUCAAUACACUAUCAGUAAGUUGACUCCACAAGUCAUGUUAAUGAUGAAUAUUUCUAUUUAAUCUGAAACUUAAAUGGACUGUUUGCCCUGCCUGUUGGUGAAAUACAAGCUCUUCUCUUCCUAAGGCCCUAAGUGAGAAGAGAAAGUGAAACCAGAUGGCAAAGGUUAGGAAAAACACUGCUUUACCGACAUGGAGGUUCGGAGAAACAAAUGAAGUAAUUAUAGUGUUUCCACUUUUCUUCCGUGGCUAAAUCAGAUUGUUUUGCAGCAAAAGCCACGUAAAUGGAGACAAUACAACAGCCAACAAGUUGCUAUUAGCUUAAGCCAGAUGAAAAGCUAGGAUGUGAGAUGACAUUCAUGAAACUAAAGCAACCCAAAUUUGCAGUAAUUAUGUGAUUUUGAUGCUGUCUCAGAUCAGUGAACAAAAACAAAACCAAACCCAAACAAAGAAUCAGAAAAAAAAUGAAAC